AUGCCAACUCCAGGGCCUCCUGCCUCUUUUCCCCCCAUGCCGACCUUCCAGCCGCCCAUGCCCAACCCGCCUUUCCCGCAGUUUAACCCUGGGCCGAGCUUUCCUCAGCCUCCACAAGUAGCUCCCGGUGGCAACAUGGCCAACCAAGAUUUUGGUCAAAAGAAAAGGAAGAGGAGCCGUUGGAGCAGUGAGACUCCGGACCAGAAGACCAUUAUACCAGGGAUGCCCACUGUUAUCCCACCAGGACUGACACGAGACCAAGAACGAGCUUACAUAGUCCAACUGCAGAUUGAAGACCUGACUCGUAAACUGCGUACAGGAGACCUGGGAAUCCCUGUUAAUCCUGAGGACAGGUCGCCCUCUCCUGAGCCAAUCUAUAACAGCGAAGGCAAGAGGCUGAACACCAGAGAAUAUCGCACACGCAAGAAGAUCGAAGAGGAGCGCCACUCCCUCAUCACUGAGAUGAUGGCUCUGAACCCUGAGUUCAAACCACCGGCUGAUUACAAGCCUCCUGCCACCAGAGUCAGCGACAAAGUCAUGAUUCCUCAAGACGAAUACCCGGAAAUAAACUUUGUAGGACUUCUGAUUGGCCCACGUGGUAACACACUUAAAAAUAUUGAAAAGGAGUGUUGUGCCAAGAUUAUGAUCCGUGGGAAGGGUUCUGUGAAGGAAGGGAAGGUUGGCAGAAAAGACGGCCAAAUGUUGCCAGGAGAAGACGAGCCUCUCCACGCUCUGGUCACUGCCAACACCAUGGAGAACGUCAAGAAGGCAGUCGAGCAGAUUCGCAACAUUCUCAAGCAAGGCAUUGAAACUCCAGAAGAUCAGAACGACCUGCGGAAGAUGCAGCUGAGAGAGCUGGCCCGGCUCAAUGGAACUCUGCGGGAAGAUGACAACCGGAUUCUGCGUCCAUGGCAAAACGCAGAGCCCCGCAGCAUCACUAAUACAACCUUGUGCACCAAAUGUGGUGGAGCAGGCCACAUCUCCUCUGACUGUAAAUAUUCCAGCACUUUUGCUGCUCACAGGGCGACUGGAGGAGAGCCUCCUCAGUCUGCUCAGGACAAGGCUCGCAUGGACAAAGAAUACCUGUCUCUGAUGGCUGAGCUGGGAGAAGCUCCAGUGCCUUCGUCAGGCGGAGGACACGGUGGCUCAGGGGGUGGGCUUCGGCUCGGGGGACCCAAUAACAACCAGGCUCCUCCGAACCGUCCUCCGUGGAUGAACUCUGGACCAGGAGAGAACAGGAACUUCCACAGCAUGUCUGGGGGGGGACCACAUAACUUCCCUCCCCCAAUGUCUAAUAUGGGAGGUCCUCCGAUGCCGAACCCCAAUGGGAUGCCUCCCCCAUGGAUGCAGCCUCCUCCUCCCCCAAUGGGCCAUGGUGGACCUCAUGGCCACCACAUGGGUUUACUUCCUCCCCCAAUGGGCAUGAUGCCACCUCCACCUCCUCCCCCUGGUAAUCAGCCACCUCCCCCAUCUGCAGCUCUCCCGCCAUGGCAGCAGCAAGCUCCGCCCCCACCUCCCACUAGCAGCAUGGCCACCAGCACACCGAUGCCCUGGCAACAGAAUACCACCACCACAUCUAGCCCUGGCACAGCGAGUCUGCCGCCAUGGCAACAACCACAGCAACCCACAGCCUCUGGCGCCCCAGCUCCCCCGUCCAUGGGAAACUCAUCCAUGGUCCCUCCACCUCCUGGAGUCCAGCCUCCGCUCCCGCCUGGCGCUCCUCCCCCUCCACCACCUCCUCCUCCCGGCUCUUCUGGCAUGCUGUACGUCCCUCCACCACCGCCACCCCCCAUGGACCCCAACUAUGUUACGAUGAUGGGGAUGGGAGUACCAGGCAUGCCACCGUUUGGCAUACCCGCCCCACCUCCACCACCACCGCAGAGUUAA